UUUUCGCCCUUUACUAUUUUCUCUUCUAGCGAGAAAGGUUGUAGGGUGUAGGAAGAACGAGAGCGGACCACGGUGAGCGGCGGCGCGGCGGGAGGGGGGGUUUGCAUCCCAGCAGGCACCGCUCUCUUGCCCCCCGAGCCGCGGCUUGAGCGCUGCGUUGAGCGAGCGGCUUUCGAGCGGUGGGGCCCCGGCCGCCCGUUUUUUUGCGCCGACGCCAGCGCGUGCGAGUGCGUGUGUUUGACCGUCGCCGUGGUGGCGUGCGCUCUUCUACCCUUUUUGCAACUCUCUCGGUGUAUCGUCCGCCCUCCGGUCGAAGUUCUCGUCGUCUGCUUUUGUGACCGUUUCGUUUUUGACCAGAGCGACCAGAAGCAAGAUCGUGCCUCCCGCACGCCUCCCGCCUCUGAAGAAGGUCUCGGAUAGCUGCCUGCCUCAUCGAGGAUUCUCGUUUUCAACUUCUUUUCCAGUUCAGCGACGCCAGCGAGCGGGCUCAUUCGUCGAGAUUUCUAAGCGUGCGCGUCGCUUGCGAAGAUAUUUUCAAUCGUGCUCAGUAGUGCUCCAUUCUUCGCAGAAACCCCUCAACGCCGUACCGAGUCGUCUGGAGUGUAAGUGUGAGUCGUCUGCUAAGUGAAGACGAGCAGAAGGCGCCACUGUAUCGUCUGCUGGAUUCUCCAACGGCCACUGGAACGUUGCACCGGAAAAGUAGGCCCGAUCUUAAUUCCGCGAUGAUCGGUGCGUAGUGCCUGUAGUGCACAUGUGAUUCGUUCGAUGAACGUCGGGGCGUUUUGCUCUCGCAUGUGCGCCUGCGGUCUUGCAAUGUGGCGCUUUGCAGCGAGCGCCUGAAGGACUCGCACGAAGAGGACUCGCACUCCAGUCGGCAGACGAAGAUACAUAACGUCUCCAGACGGCGGUGCAUUUUCGUCGUCUGCAAAUAACUUCCUGCGGGGCGUCGUCUGCUACUGCUCGCAUCGCUUCCACAACCAACCCGAAUUGUGCGACCUAGUGCAGAAAGAAGCCUUCGGCAUUUGCCCGUUCGACGUACGAAAAGGCCUUCAGUUGUUUGUCCUUGAGUGCACAUUUUUUUUUUCUUCGUUACAUUGGCGUGCGUGGAAGCGGAGUGGUCUUCUGGAUAAGACAAACCUACCGUAUCUGCUGACUUGUCUGCAACAGUGCUGUCGGGCGAACAGAAGUAAUCAGGAGUGCGGACAGUCUUCAGAACGUGCAACUGGAGUUUGGUGCACGGAAGAUGGCGUGGAGAUCAACCUGGAGAUGAGCUGUGCACUUGGGGUGGAAUGCCCCUGAAAGGCAGCCCGGGCCUGGGAAGCCUUUCCUAGCCUCGUGCGUGCAACACGCGUACUCGAAUUCUCCGGCAACUUCGCCCCCUCCUACAAGCUCGCGACCGUCCGCAGCGACCCACAGUGAAAAAUGGCAAACCCGAUGUCCCGGCCGGGAAAUGCGAUGCUGGCGUCCCUAGCACUGCUCCUGGCAACGCGCGCCGUCGGCACCGCCGGCGCCACCAGCGAGGUCAGCGACGGCGGCGGCGCUGGCGGAACCGGAAACGAAACGCAGGGCGAGCAGUGCAAGGACGGGCUCAUCCUCCCGGUCUGGAUGCCCCAGGAGAACCUAAGCACGGGCGACGUGGUCGCCCGUGGCCUAGUCUACUUCCUGGCGCUAGCCUACAUGUUCAUCGGCAUCUCCAUCAUCGCCGACCGCUUCAUGGCCGCCAUCGAGGUCAUCACGUCCAAGGAGAAAGAGGUGACCAUCAAGAAGCCCAACGGCGAGACGCAGACCAUCAACGUGCGCGUCUGGAACGAGACCGUGUCCAACCUGACCCUCAUGGCGCUCGGCUCGUCGGCGCCCGAGAUCCUGCUGUCCGUGAUCGAGAUCUACGCGCAGAACUUCGAGGCCGGUGACCUGGGACCCGGCACGAUCGUGGGCAGCGCCGCGUUCAACAUGUUCGUCAUCAUCGCCAUCUGCGUGUACUCGAUCCCGCCGAACGAGGUGCGACGCAUCAAGCACUUGCGCGUGUUCUUCGUGACCAUGACGUGGAGCGUGUUCGCCUACAUCUGGCUCUACAUCAUCAUCACCUACUCGUCGUGGGGCGUCAUCGAGGUGUGGGAGGGCGCCGUCACCUUCAUGUUCUUUCCGGCCACGGUGCUCACGGCGUACAUCGCCGACCGGAGGCUGCUGAUCUACAAGUUCCUCUCCAAGAAGUACAGGGUCACCAAGCGCGGAGUCAUCAUCGGCAGCGAAGGCGAGGACGUCGAGAUGGCUCCCAACAAGGACAGGCUCGCCGACGGCAUACUGGGUGCCGGAACGGUGCGCAUCUAUGGCGAGGAGCAGAGCUCCCAGGCCAAGGAGUUCGAGGAGCACCGGAAGAAGUACACACAGAUCCUGCGCGAGCUGCGGCACAAGCACCCGGACGCCUCCAUGGAUGAGCUCGAGAGCAUGGCCAGAGACGAGAUCAUUGCCCGCUGUCCCAAGAGCAGGGCUUACUACAGGAUCCAGGCGACCCGCAAACUCAUGGGUGCCGGCAACUUGAUCCGGCGCAAGGCCGACAUGCGCGGUGACGCCGCAGCCAAGGACGAAGGCAAGGAAGAGAAGGUCGAGGAGGAGUGCGUGCGGCUGUUCUUCGACCCGGGUCACUACACGGUGUUCGAGAACGUCGGCGAGUUUGCCGUCACGGUGUCGCGCGAGGGCGGUGACCCGCAGAGCACCGUGUGCGUCGACUACAACACCGAGGACGGCACCGCCAACGCCGAAACCGACUACGUGCCCGUCGAAGGCACCCUCGUCUUCCGCUCUGGGGAGAACCAGAAGCAGAUCAUUAUCAAGGUGAUCGACGACGACGUGUUCGAGGAGGACGAGCACUUCUACGUGCGCCUGUCCAACCCUCGGUACCUGGGCAGCGGCGGCAGUGGUGCCACCAUGAAUGGCUCGCCCGGACAGCCGCAGCCUCCGGGACUCACGACGGGCGCAGGCAGGCCCCCAGUGAAGCUGGACACGCCCUCUGUCUGCACCGUCAUGAUCCUGGACGACGACCACAGCGGCGUCUUCAGCCUGCCCGAGAACCAGGUGGAGAUAAGCGAGGCCGUGGGCGAGUACAGCAUCAAGGUGAACCGGUUCAGCGGAGCCCGGGGCCGCGUUUUUCUGCCGUACAAGGCGAUCGAAGGCACGGCCAAGAUGAACAAGGACUUCGAGCCCUGCGAAGGGACACUCGUCUUUGAGAACAACGAAACCAGCAAGGAAUUCUCACUGUUUGUCAUCGACAACGAAUCUUACGAGAAAGACGCCGUGCUGUACAUCGAACUUGGAGAGCCGAAGCUGGAGGAAGACGACCCUUACUACAUCCAAGAAAAGCUGGCCUAUGAGAAAUCAGAUCUCUUUCGCGAGCACGGAGUGGACGAAGUGCCCGAGGUCGAGCUCACCGAGGCGCAGAAGAUUGCGCUCAUGGGACGACCGCGCCUGGGUGACCAGUGCCGCUGCACCGUACGCAUCAAGGAGAGCAAAGAGUUCAAGAACACAGUGGACAAGCUUUUUCAAAGAGCCAACAUUUCGUUGAUGAUUGGAACGUCCUCUUGGAAGGAGCAGUUUAUCCAAGCCAUCACUGUGGUAGCUGACGACGACGACCGGAACAAGUUUAAGACGGAAGAAGCGUUCGAAAUGGAGAGCAUCAGCUUGAAAUUCACCAAAGACGACGACGAGGAGAAUGGCGAAGAGGCCGACGAGGUGACCGUGCGCAUGCCUUCCUGCUCGGACUACGUGAUGCACGUCUUCACCGUUUUCUGGAAGGUCCUCUUCGCGUUCGUCCCCCCUACAGAUUACUGGGGUGGAUGGGCCUGCUUCGUAACCAGCAUCCUUCUCAUUGGCGUCCUGACCGCUUUUGUGGGCGACCUCGCGUCGCAUUUCGGCUGCACCAUCGGACUGAAAGACUCGGUGACCGCCAUCUCGUUGGUCGCACUGGGAACAAGUAUACCUGACACGUUUGCGAGCAAGGUGGCUGCGCAGAACGACAAGUACGCCGACUCGUCCAUCGGCAACGUGACCGGCAGCAACGCGGUCAACGUCUUCCUCGGCAUCGGCGUCGCCUGGUCACUGGCAGCGCUGGUGCACUGGGGACGAGGGACGACAUUCGAGGUGCUUCCGGGCAACCUGGCCUUCUCAGUCACCAUCUUCUGCGUCUGCGCGCUCUUGUGCUGCGUCGUUCUUAUGAUGCGCCGAAACAAGAUCGUAGGCGGAGAACUAGGGGGACCGAUGCGCUUCAAGUUGCCCACUACCAUCCUUUUCGCCGGCCUGUGGGUCUUCUACGUGACGAUGUCUGCCCUCGAGGCGUACGGAGUCAUUCAAGGAUUCUAAAGAGACCCCAUGGCUGGCGGCGAAUCCCACACGUUUUUCCUUCGUCGUACCAUCGCGGGGCGUUUUUUGGGGGCCCACCCAAAACGUUCCUCGACAACAUCGAAGACAAUACUCCGAAAGGGAAGACUAUAUACGAGCAAGAAAGAGCCUGCUACCGUUUCUGGGGCCGACACUUGUAGCUCCGGAACUGCCAGUGUGAACAGCCUUCGAAGUGUUCCAAUGGUUCGAAGACUGCUGCACCAACAAGAUUACGUUGUCGUUUUUUUUUUUUUUUCAGUGGCAUUGGACAUUAUUCUGGGCCCGGGAACGAACACGCGGAAGUGUACGAACGUCGUCGCUAUCGACGACGGCGUUUAGCGGAAGUUGUUUGGCAGUGGUGGCGUACGCUAACGCUCUCCAGAGCUCGCAUCACUCGCACCACGCCAUUCGCCUCCAACUUCUCUAGGGCACUUUUUUUUUUUUUUGAUGAGGUACACAUAACCGGACAUCGAACAUUUUCUCUCAUAUAAGAGACGUGAAGACAACUUAAAUUUUGAAAGCCUGACGGGGCUGCGGAGCCGUCGAAACUACCACGUGAAGGAGAGUUUCGUAUUUCAUCCGACCAUCCGCCGUCAAGAUACCUUUGUGCCAGAGUUGGCCGCUUGUUUGGCAUGACGCGCUACAAAUUACCAGCGACCAACAAGUUUGUCCAGCUGAUGAAUCCAUGGACUUCUGGCGUGCCUGCUCGCGUGACACCCUCAGUGGCUCAACGAAUCAAUACCUGCGCUUUCCUCUGUUAUGGUGUGGUGUGCAGAGACGUGAGAAAGUGCGGUACGGUAGCGAAAACGCUGUCGGGUGAUCAACCACGUCUUUCCCUAUGACGAUACCAAGCACGGCAUAAAGCAUUGGUUUAGUGGCAUUGCGCGCUUGGCGUGCCACACUAAGCCGCUGUGAUAUGCCUAACCAAAGCUUGAGGCCCUCCGUAUUCAGAAUAGCGUGUGAUACCAGCGUGAUUGUGGGCGUUUACGUUAUGGUCUCAAUGCAAGAAGGGCAAGUGGUCACAGUUUCGAUGGCUUGUGUAUGCCAAGCACCAGGUGUCAGCUAUCAGCGCACUUGGGUCAUUGAGAGAAGCGACAGUUUAGGAAGCUACAUGGCUGAAACAAUUUGUGCGUGCGCCGGGCAAAUUGCCGCCUGCAUCGUACCAUGACCCGACGGAGUGGAACAACGUAGUAUUCAAAAUUGUGCGUCGCGGUGCGAGUUGUGUAUUGACACGGCAGGAUGGCACCUGCUUGGACACAUGAUGCGUACUACAGAUGUUUCUGUGCAUAGUUGGAAGUCUCGUCUGAACUCCUAAUGAACAGAACUGACUUUUCAACGUUUGCGAUGGCCCGCUACUCACAAUUUCCUGACUAGAUUGUGAAGGCGAAGCAAGAAUUCCAUGCAGGACGAGUACAAGACCUUGCGGUCGGCACGUCCGAUUCAGAGGGAGUUGUUGGUUUGCUCUGGUCGUUAAUAUUGCCACCAGCACAGAAGCAACAAGAGGACCCUUACUACAAUGCUUGCCGUUCCACUGAGAAUGACUGACGAACUGUGCUUGCAGAAAAAGCCCAUAGACGGAGCAAUCUGUCAAGAGAGAGCUACUCUUUCGCCGGCAACAUCAUGCCUGCCGCGGAGUAUUCGACCCAGUAGUGCGACCUUCUGAAGGCUGCUUCACAAAAUGUGGCUCUCCUAAUGAAGUUCUUUCCCGAUCGCCUACCCAAACUGCUUUGUUGCUUCAGCUAAUUGCAUUAUCUGGAGACGUUCGUACGUUAUGACGUUCAUACGUUACGAGUGCAACCCUUGGACAAAAGUACGUGGGUGAAACAGGUGGUGAAAUCAUAAUUUGGAGGUCAACAUGUCCACACUGGAGUAACGAUGAAAAAAAACUCAACUUAACACUAGUUGGCUACACGGGAGAAUUGGAAUAGUGCUGACUGGCUCUCACAAACGGCAAUACCACUUUCGAAACAGUAGCGCCUUUUAAAUAUGUGGGCCUGCGAUACCUGGAGCUGUUCGACGACUUGAAAUCCGCGAGUGGUCCCGACGACUGACACUUCAUUAUUAUAUUGUCACGCCAAGAGGUUAUCGAAGAAAGAUAAUCAGAUCGACUGCGGUAAGAUCCAAUGGAGGGUACUCGUAGAGCAGUGUAGUGAAACAAAGAAUCAGACACCUACCAGAACUGAGAUACCUAUAAUUCCUGCAACUAUAUUUAAAGCUUUGCGGCAGGGUUAGUGUCUAUUUUGUGCCUCCUGGACUUACUAACAAUGAUUAUUUGAAAGUAUUACGUGAGCUCGCGGAAAUAUCCUUCUUUUAGGCUUGGUGGUCUGCCGACGAGGUCCGAAACAUUGUGAAAAUUUGAAAGGUGAGAGAUUUUUUCCGGAGGUUCUCUACAGACGAAAAAUUUACGUCGGCCUAUUGUAAUCACCGUGCGGAGUUGCUCACUUGUUCAGGGAACUAUCACCUGUAGCAAGACAACCAUGAAGAGAACGUGAAAUGCCCAUCCGCGGCAGUCGAGAAUACGCAUAAAAGAAGAAUGCCCGAAAUACAAUGCUUACCUCUGUAACUGGUGGAAACACAGUUAUUGCGUCGCUCGUUGACAGUCUACGUAAGCAAAUGGGACCCAUAUGUCGGCUUGCUCGGGUCUCGUCACGGUAAAUCCGGCAACGGCCAGCACGAUAAGCUGGUGGAGUCGUUUGAGCGGCGUGCUCUUUAAACUCCUUCACAAAGAAGAGUCAAAAGAGAGUCAAAAUGAAUUAAUCGCAUAGACUGCUCGCCGAAACUCGCAUAGCUUCCACACGUCCGAAGCUCGAUCACGUUCAAGUUUUGCGCAGCCCUCAUAUCCCCGUCGCGACUAGCCACGCCCAGACAAGGAAAGGCUUGAAGAGCGAGAUACGAGAAAGUUGGCUCCAUGCAGUGGCGGCGUGUGCUGCGGGAAAACGGCGAACACAGUGUCGACCGUACCUUCUUUCGCCGACUUCGUUGAGGAACUUUCUGGUUGACGUCCAGAAGUCGUCGCAAAAACUAGUGUGUUGACCUGCGCGCGCUCUCUCUCUUCGUGUUCCUUGUUCUUUUACGUUCCGUUCUCAUUGUUCCACUGGUGUAAUUCCCUCCCGUUGUCUACGCCACCCGUGAAAGCGUCGUGCUCCAUCUUGGACAGACGUGAGUCGAAACGAGUAGGAAAGAGGACGCUCUCCAAGAACGCCGAUGUGCUUGUGUGUGUGUGUGUGUUUAGUGCCGUAGUGAUGCUUCCCUGUUGCUGUGUUUCUGAACUGAAGCGAACAUUAUACAAACUGGGGCGGGCUGUUGACUGACCACUCGGUUUACAAAUGACGCUGUCUCGACUCAAGAGUGUUUUUCUUUUUUUUUUUUUUCGUCUCGUGUUGCACCUUGCGAUCCUGCAAGCCUGGGGACUUAAACGGAACACACUCAGCGCAGGUGCUGGGCCGAUGAAGUGAGGAUGAUGAAGCACAUAGAAGGAAACUCAGAGCAAAAAUACCAAAGCUGACCUCUUUCUUCAUCGUUUUCUCGCGAAUCGUAUGCUAUUUCAUAUAAUUCUCGCAACUUCUUGUCCGUUUCGAAAGCUCAUGUGCCGUGUACAUAGCGAAAGUAGUUUUGCGUAAUUGCGUAUCACGCGCUGUUAUAAGCUGGCAAGCAAGGAGCGCAGUUCCGAGGCAUGGCGUGUCUAAUGUAAAAGGGCAGAAGUCGCUGUCUUUGAGAGAUCGCUCGACUGGACAAUGCCUUACAUAGCUGGUUGCUGUAACAGGCGUAACCAUAUCCGGGCGACCGUGUUUGUCGCGCUAGCAUUGCAGGACGCGUGGCGAAGAUUUUUUUUUCCCUCGACCACUGUUAUCCCAAGACGCCUCCGCAACGUUUUCAAUCAAUCACGUACGCGGUGAAUGCAGAUAUCAGGUUUCUCUACGUCUUCGCAUACAAAAAAGGCAUAUCUUAGCGAUCGCUUGACCACUGGUGAUGAGGAUUUUUAUCGGCCUAUCGGCAUUAGAAUUUGUACGUGUGUACGGCAUUUAUCUUCGUACGAUGGUAACGGGAAGUAGUUACACGCGAGGUGACCAGUAUGGCAGGAUACUUCCGUAUUAGUGAGCUAUAGGCAAGUUCAAUAGGAGAAAAUUUAGGCACAUAAUUCAAUCACAGUGCACGUGGCGGGGAUACAACUUUUUUUAAGCAUAGACACAUCUCAGUUAUGGAUGCUUAGUGUAUACGUGUGGCUAUAUUCGGCUUCAAACUAUGCGUUACGUAAAAUCCUAGCAGUUAUAAAGAAAGUAAUUGUUAAUCUUUUAUUUGAAUACGGCAUGAAGUACGUGACCAUUGAUGUUGAAAGAAAAAGGGUUUACGCCAGAAUUCAGCGCAUAUAAGGCGUAUAUAAGUGGCAUGUAUAAAAGCUACGUACUGUCGAACAUCUAGUAGCUUUGUACAAAGCGGCAUCUCAGUAGCUACCGCGCACAGUACUAAGACCACGUGACAGGGGCGGCGUCGCAGCGACGUCACGGUGACAGCGUACCUACUAAAGAGAUUGCUCUCGGUUACGAGAGGUCAACGUUGUUAAAUUGUUUCACGUGUAAUUUUUUGCUCGCCUCAGCUAAUUGUCUCUCCUAGUCCUUAGUCGAGCACAUUGUAAACGAGCUACUGUCUCCGACCUUCCCCCAAUUCCGCACUAUCGAAUUUUUCCCUCUCUCUCUCCUCCGCUUGCUCCUUCCAUGUAAACUCGGGGAGUUUGUACAAUUAACACCAAACUAUACUUCUUUUGUGUUACUUCGAAACUCGUUGUGCUGUUGUCCAAUUGCUCCAUUCCCACACAGAGAGGAUAUAUAGAAAUGUUGUUCUCAAGUGAAUGUGCGGAGAAAUAUUACGAAAAAUUGAAGAAAAGAGGAAAAAAACGAGAACUGAGCAGCUGUUA